AUGGUCAUCGACUUCUUUGCCCCGUGGUGCAAGGCCUGCCCCAAGGCGGCGCAGAAAAUGGAUGAGUUAGCAGAAAAACACAGCGGCCGUUGCCAAUUUGUUCUGGUUUGCGUCGACGGCUCCAUCGAGGAGGCCCGCAAGUUUGCAACGACCCACGGAAUCCAGCGAUGCAUCGUCACGGCAGUCGUGGACGAGGAUGCGCCGCAAAGCUACGGCGUUUCGGGGCUGCCCCACACCACGGUGAUUGCGCCGAGUGGCAAGGUCGCAAAGAAUGGUAACCACACCGAAGUGACACUGCCGGAUGACUUGGAUGCCGUCUUGGGCACUGAGGAGGCCAUCCUCCCGGCCCCGCGCCAGAGCCGCGUUUCGGAGGAGUAUCGCAGGUUAGAGAAGGAGGACCCCCUCUUGAAGGAAAACCCGAAGCGCUGGGUCAUGUUCCCUCUGCAGCAUCCGGAAGUUUGGGAGAUGUACAAGAAGCACGAAGCAUCUUUCUGGACGGCGGAGGAGAUCGAUUUGGCUCAGGACAGCAAGGAUUGGGUGAACCUGAAUGAGGGCGAGCAGCACUUCAUCAAGCACGUUCUUGCCUUUUUCGCGGCCUCGGAUGGCAUCGUCCUGGAAAACCUGGCGUCGCAGUUCUCGUCGGAGAUUCAAAUUCCAGAGGCCCGCGCCUUUUAUGGCUUCCAGAUCGCAAUGGAGAACAUCCACUCUGAGACCUACUCCCUGCUGAUUGAGCAAUACAUCAAGGACCCGAAAGAACGGGAGAACCUGUUCGAUGCUAUCCACACCAUGCCGCCGGUGCGCGAGAAGGCACACUGGGCCGUGCAGUGGAUGAACCGCGAGGCGAGCUUUGCGGAGCGCCUUGUGGCCUUUGCUGCCGUGGAGGGCGUGCUCUUCAGUGGAUCCUUCUGCGCAAUCUUCUGGCUCAAGAAGCGUGGCUUGAUGCCCGGGCUGACUUUCUCCAACGAGUUGAUCUCCCGCGACGAAGGGCUCCAUGCAGACUUCGCCUGCCUCUUGUACCAGAUGAUGCGAGUUUUGUGA